UAUUAAAGGCACAGGGUCGAGAUAGACGGCCGACUUUAGGAACAGGGAGUCACACUCGAGAGGAGAGAAGAUCAUUCAGGAUGCCUGAGCCAGUCAAAAAAACAGUUUCAGCUUUUGCCAAGAAACCAAAGACUCAGGAGGCGCAGGAGGGGUCCUCUGUGCUCUUUGAAGCAGAGACCGAGAAGCCUGAUGCUAAAGUGAAAUGGCAGUGCAACUCAAACGACAUUGCCAGUAGCGAAAAAUAUUCGAUCACAGCUGACGGAAAGAAGCACUCUCUCGCUCUAAAAGCUAUUACCAAGGAAGAUGCCAACGUCUAUGCAGUGAUCGCCGGGGGGUCAAAGGUCAAGUUUGACCUGAAGGUCAUAUCAAAGCCAGACGCUCCCGUUGAGGCCCCUGCUGAUGCUCCUGCUCCGCCUGCAGCAGCACCCCCUGAGGACCAGACCGCCACCCCAGCACAUGAUGCUCCUCCAGCUGACGAGGGACAGCCUCCGGACACCAGACAGGACCUGACUGGACUUUUCACAGAGAAACCCCAGAGUGGGGAGGUCACUGUAGGUGGAAACAUCACGUUUGUGGCCAAAGUGAAUUCUGACUCGUUGCUGAAGAAGCCCACCAUUAAAUGGUUCAAAGGGAAGUGGAUGGACCUCGCCAGCAAGUGUGGAAAACACCUGCAGCUUAAGGAGACGUAUGACCGCAGCAGUAAGUUCUACACCUUUGAGAUGCAAGUCAUCGAGGCCAAGCCCAACUUUGCUGGAGCUUACAGAUGUGAGGUUGCAACCAGGGACAAGUUUGACAGCUGUAAUUUUGACUUGACUGUACAUGACGCUUGUGCUACUGAAGAUUUUGACAUCAGAACAGCUUUUAGACGCACUAGUCAUGAUGGAAAUCAAGACUCGGGAGAGCUGGACUUCAGUACCUUAUUAAAAAAGAGCAGCAGUUUCUUAAAACCUUCAUAUCGAGCCGUGCAGGUGAACGCAGAGCCGGACAAGGAUGUCUGGGAUGUUCUCAGCCAAGCUCCUCCUUCAGAAUAUGAGAAGAUUGCUUUUCAGCACGGCCUUACCGACCUGAGAGGGAUGCUCAAGAGAUUGAAGAAGAUGAAGAAGGAAGAGAAGAAAAGUGAAGCAUUCCUCAAAAAGUUGGAUCCAGCUUACCAAGUAGCUAAGGGAAAUAAAAUAAAACUGGCCAUUGAGGUCACCAAUGCAGAUGCUCAGGUGAAAUGGCUGAAGAACGGACAAGAAAUUCAACCAUCUGCAAGCAAGUACAUCUUUGAGAGUGUGGGCAACAUGCGCUACCUCACCAUCAACCACUGCUCCUUGGCAGAUGACGCUGCAUAUUGCUGCGUGGUGGGAGAGGAGAAAAGCACCACUGAGCUCUUUGUUAAAGAGCCUCCCAUUGAGAUUGUGAAGAAUCUGGAGGAUCAGAUGGUCAUGAAGGGUGGGAGGGUGGAGUUAGAGUGUGAAGUCUCAGAGGAAGGAGCCAAUGUUAAAUGGGAGAAAGACGGUGUGGAAUUGACAAGAGACGAGUCUUUCAAAUAUCGCUUCAAGAAAGACGGCUGCAAACACGUCCUGAUCAUUAACGAGGCCACGAAAGAAGACUGCGGUCACUACAGUGUCAAAACCAACGGAGGCAUGUCUAUGGCUGAACUCCUGGUGCAGGAAAAAGACCUGGAGGUCUACCAGAGCAUUGCCGACCUCACAGUGAAGGCGAAGGACCAGGCGGUGUUCAAGUGUGAGGUGUCGGACGAGACUGUGAGAGGAACCUGGUACAAGAACGGUGCAGAAGUCAAGCAGGACGCCAGAAUCAACAUCACACAUAUUGGCAGGAACCACAAACUGACCAUAGAUGAAGUCAAACCAGAGGAUGAGGGAGAUUACACUUUUGUGCCAGAUGGCCAUGCUUUCAACCUCUCGGCUAAACUCAAUUUCAUUGAGGUGAAGAUUGAUUACGUGCCACGCCAAGAUCCUCCGAAGAUCCACCUGGACUGUACGGGUCGCACCGCUGAGUCAACCAUCGUGGUGGUGGCUGGCAACAAGCUGCGUUUGGAUGUCCCCAUCACUGGAGACCCUGCUCCCACAGUGAUCUGGACCAAAGGAGAGAAGACUAGUUCUCUAAAACCCGAUGGAGAAGAGAAAGAAGGGCCGCCAUCCUCUUGGACCAUGAAGGAUGGGGAAGUUGUCACAGAGGGAGACAGCAGGGUCCAUGUUGAAACCACCAAGGGCCACUGUAUUUUCACCAUCGAGGGGGCUGAGCGGCAGGACGAGGGGAUGUAUUCUGUUGUGGUUCGAAACCCCGCUGGGGAGGACACUGCAGAUAUCAACGUGAAAGUUGUUGAUGUUCCAGAUCCUCCCCAGGCUCCCAGAAUCCUCAGCGUGGGAGAGGACUCCUGUGUGGUCCAGUGGGACCCCCCUCUGUUUGAUGGUGGACAGCCAGUUAUUGGCUACGUGAUGGAGAGAAAGAAGAAGAAGAGCUACAGGUGGAUGAGACUGAACUUUGACACUUAUUCCGAAACAACCUAUGAAGCCAAGCGGAUGAUUGAAGGAAUGGAGUACGAGAUGCGAGUCUAUGCUGUCAACGCCAUCGGCAUGUCUCGUCACAGUCCAGCCUCACAGCCUUUUGUGCCUGUCGCCCCCACAAGUCAGCCCAUCGGACUCUGCCUCGACGACGUCAGUGACACUUCCAUCUCGCUGAAGUGGCGGCCGCCUGAGAGGAUUGGCUCAGCUGAACUCGAGGGUUACGGGGUGGAGUACUGCAAGGAGGGCACGGAUGAAUGGAUACCAGCCCCUCAGGGUCUGACUGACCGGACAUCAAUGGUCAUCAAAAAUCUCACCACCGGAGACAAGCUGCAGUUCCGUGUGCGGGCCUACAACAUGGCAGGACCCAGUGCUCCCACCACCCUGGCUCAACCUGUCACCAUCAGAGAGAUAAUGCAACGCCCUAAAAUUUGGAUCCCUAGAAAUCUCCGCCAGACUCUCAUCAAGACAGUUGGAGAAAGUGUCAACCUUGUGAUCAAAUUCCAGGGUAAGCCCAGGCCGAAGAUCACAUGGCUCAAAGACGGGGAGCCUCUGAGCCAGACAUUCGCUAGUGUGAGGAACAGCGAUGUGGAUACCAUUUUCUUCAUUCGCAACACAGAGAGAAAACACUCGGGGAAGUAUGAUCUCCAAUUGCAGAUUGAGAAUAUCGAAGACAAAGCAACUAUCACACUGCAGGUUGUUGAUCUCCCAGGGCCCCCUGAAACACUGAAGAUCAUGGAAAUCUGGGGCUUUAAUGUGGCGCUUGAGUGGAAGGCCCCAAAGGACGACGGUAACUGUGAAAUAACUGGUUACACCAUUCAGAAAGCGGAGAAAAAGACCAUGGAGUGGUUUACAGUCUAUGACCACUACAGACGAACCAACUGCAUCGCAUCUGACCUCAUCAUGGGGAAUGACUAUGUCUUUCGAGUCUUCGCCAUCAACCAGGUGGGCCCCAGCCAAGAGCCCUGCACCUCAGCAGACAGCGCUUACAUCCAGAAAAUAGGUAUGGAGUACAAGCCGCCCACCUAUAAGGACCAUGACUUCUCACAGGCUCCCAAGUUCACACAUCCGUUGGUGAACCGCUCUAUCGUAGCCGGAUACACCACAACCCUCAGCUGCUCAGUCAGCGGCAUACCAAAGCCCAAAGUGACCUGGUACAAAAACAAGAUGGACAUCUCAAGUGAAGCCAAGUAUCGGAUGCUCAGUAAACAAGGGGUUCUGACACUGGAGAUCCGUAAGCCGUGUACUUUUGAUGGAGGAAUGUAUAUGUGCAAAGCAGUCAACAACAACGGGGAAGACAUCGUGGAGUGUAAACUGGAGGUCCGCCCUCAAAUCACAAAAGAAGAAAUUGAUUAAAGAUGUUUGGCUGACUCAAGAGAUUAUAAACGUGUCUCCACGUUGUUUGAUUUGUGUCACGACAAACCCUUCACCUGCAUUACAAACUGUGAUAUCUCAUAUAUCCUUUAUAUUUGGCACACGUUCCUCCUGCAUCUCAAUCAUCCAGCAUACCACCAUACCUGCAGUUGUUUUAGUAUCAUGUGUAACUCCAUUACUAAAUUGUACCACUCACUUCUAAGUACAAGUGUAAUAGUCAAGGACCGUGGAAAUAUUGAUGAAAUUAAUUUAUAAUUUCCCAUCUUGUGUUUAUUUUAUAUCAGCUGGUCUAAAGAAAUUUACAGCGGUGUUUGGAUUUGUUUGUGUGCUUGGAAAGGUCAAUAUAAAUGCAUUAAAAACACAAA